AUUGAAUAAUAAUAAAUUGAAUCGAUCGUCCCGUCGAUAUGCGAUAGCGACGUUCAUGACGAUGAGACUACUUCCAGACCAUAGUGGCUAUGGAACUAGUUACUUACUUGGAAGAGGUAGCAAAUCUUCGUCCAAAUAAUUUCUAAGUAAGAGUCCUGGACGGCAAGUACCUACCUAAUGUUCAUAUAAGCUCAUGGUUCCGUGCAGAUGGGCCGUGAAGAAAUAGAGCACAAUAUCUAAGACUACAAUUGUAGUCGAGUCGGUUGCUAAUAUGCUGGCAGUGACUGCAUUUUCCGGCCGAGUUGCUCGCAGCAGCAAGAAAUUCCCAUUUCUACAGGCACUGGAGCCGCGUUCAGGGCGACUCCUCGUUACGGUGCCAUCUAGUGGCAGGACAGGAGGCUCCUGCGGCUGUGGACAUGGUACUGUUCGGAGCUUGUCUAGCUCAGCUGCAAGAUGGCAGCAAAAUGAUGCCAUGGUAGCCACGGUCACUAAUCCUGAUUUAGAAGCUGCUGCAGCGUCGAGUAUAGAGAAUUUAGCUGUGACGACGUCCGGCCAGAUUCCCACUAGCUACAGCCCCAUUACGAUGGUGCAGCAGUACGUAAUAUGGAUGCACGACUCACUGGGUGCGCCAUGGUGGGCUUCAGUUGGUUUGUUAGCACUUACAGUCCGAGUUGCAGUUCUUCCAAUGCAGGCAUAUGCCACGAUGUAUGGUUCCCGGUUCGUAGUUAGCACGAACGACAUCGAUUUGAAAACGGCGAAGUUCAACGAGGCCAUCACACUACGGCAAAAGCGGGAGGUGGAGAAUGAGGUUCUAGAGCUGCUGAGCGAGCGCAAGCUGGAAAACGUCCACCGUGCGUCACCGAUGUACUGGCUGGCUGCGGCCGGUCCGCUCCACUUCCUGUCAAUGUACUCGCUGUACUCUUUGUCUACCACGCCGUCCAUGCUGCCGGCAUUGUCAGCCGGUGGCUUGCUGUGGCUGAGUGACCUGACUGUACGUGAUCCGUUCGGGACACUAUCUGUAGCUAGUAUGCUUAUGUCCGUGAUCACAAGCAGAACACUGGCAGAGAAAGGUCUUCUCAAGGCAGGCACGCGCGGACCCACGCUCGUGUUUGCGGGCUGCUUCAACUUGCUCGUCGGUUAUUUCGGCACAUCACUCGUGCAGCUGUACUGGCUGUGUGCCUGCAUCUCCCACGUACUGGCCUCGCUGAGUCUGAGACUGCCGCCGGUUGCCCGCGCCCUGGAUAUACCUAGCAUCAGCAGUCAGCUGCAGGACCACAGCUUUGUGCCACUUCUCCAGGCCAUGCCCGUGCAAAGGCAACUGCCACCGGUCGAGGAGCUGCGUGCCAUUGCAGCUGAGCACAGGGAGGCACUGGCAGCCGGCUCAGCCAGCCUACCUCCGCCCAUCAUUGGGCGCUGGCUGAGCAGUAAGCCAGUCCGCGUGUCCUUCUUAACAGGACUCUUACACAGACGCCAGAGACCGAGCUCUCGCCAUGUGACAGUUAACAUGCGAAAGAGACGGGCCAGCUGAUAUCUGUCCGGCUGGUACUGAACAUAUUUGGUAUUAUAAUUCUUACCGCGCACUGACGCCGUACUUGAUCUCAUUGGAACUUUAUUUUCUUUCUAACCAGCUGGUGUUUGGAGCCAAGUUAUAGAAAGCACGUGGCUUUGGG